AUUCGAUUUUAUUUUGUUCUUGAGAUAACCGAGUAAUAUUAAAGAUGUAUUACAUUAGUAAUAUUGUUAUAAAUGUGGUCGCCAGAAAGAAUAACUGCUAAACGUAGUGUUUUACAAUAAUAAUGCAGACAUUUUCUGUUGUUUUGAUUUGUUAAACGGGAUCGCUUAUUAUUUGCGAACUUUGUGUUUCUGCACCGUGCACUGUUCCACUCGUUUCAUUCUGUACCUGUUCCGAACCUCGAGCCUUAGCAUACUCCAACUCACCAAUCGACAAAAAGGCCAGGUUGAAACACCACGUCUAUGGUGUACCACAAAGGCUAGUUUUAAAUUUAUUAUUUUAGGUAAUUCGUUAACUCACUUUCGUCUGCAUCUUACAAUCCGUUAUUGUGUAACUUUCACACCUGUCGUGCAUACGAGUACACACCAGAGUGCGUGAUAAGAAUUUUCUGAACUAUUCCGUACUUUGUCCGAUGCACGCUCUCUGCCUAUUUGAGGAAUGCAUUCCAAUCUUACAGCUGGGUUCAGCUGGGUUGAUGUUUUGUGUUCGUAGAAAGUUGGUUCUUAGUGUUGAAGCUGAACUUUAAUCGUUUUGUUAUUUUCUCGGGGUUGGAGCGAAGUCUGAAAGCAUAAUUGGGAGAAUGAGGUAGACUUCGGACCAAGGUAAUGCCACAAUGGAGAGCGGAGGGUGCCGGAGCUGCGGGCAAGCGCACGCCGCCCACGAGCCGCACGUCUACGACUACGUGCAAGAGGUGGACGAGGACCUCACGUGCCACAUCUGCCUGCAGCCCUUCGUGACGCCGCUUGACAUCCCGUGCGGCCACACGUUCUGCGGCGCCUGCUUGCACAACUACCUGCGCGUGCAACAGGUCUGUCCCAUCGACCGCAAGCCCCUGAGCGCGCAGCUCUGCGUGCCGUCCAGCAUUGUCCUCCGCAAACUUUUGGAAAAAUUGACUGUUAGAUGUCCCAAUAGCCCUUCUUGCCAACAAAUUAUUCAGCGAGGUGACUUACAAGAUCAUCUUAAUAACAGGUAUGAAAAGUGA